AUGUUUUCUACCAGGAUUCCAGAUAACUCGACGACAGAAGAUCUGACGGAACAACGUUUAUCGCUUUUCGAGGACCGAAAUGCAACUUAUGACGCUUCGGAAAGGUUCUUUCUCAGCUUAAUAUCCUGUUCAAAGUUGAAAAGCGAAUAAAUAGCCCAUUUAUGAGAAGAAAUAUGGAAAAAAGGGCUAAUAAGGUUUCAUUAUUUUUCACAGUCCGUACAUCACUUAUUAACGAACGAAAUCCAACCGCCUUUACUUUGAGAUUUCGAAAGUGUAAAUAAGCUUUUUUCCGGUUUCAGGGCUAGGAAAAUAUAUUGCACAUAUACCGCAAAUGGUUCAAAAAUGGCUUGAUGAAGAGUUGGUCAACUUUGAAAUGACGCUAAAACACAUUUCGAGCUUCAUCCAAAGGGAUUUAAACGACGGAAAGCCGUUGAAAUGCAUCAACUAUUUAUUUCAAUGUUUUAAAAAUGAAAGCGAAAGUAGAGAAUCUUCUUUUUCAAAAAAGAAUCGCAGAAAUGGAAGAAAGGCGCUUUUUGUAGAGCACCAACGGCUUUCAAAGUCAUCUAGAAAGCCGGGGGGGUGCGAAAAUGAUAAAAGUGGUCGCCGCCCACGUAUGGCGCAACUUCAGAAAAAAAGGACAUUUGUUUCGUUCUAGAGCUCUGCAUCGUCAUCAUCUUUGUUUUCUUGACGUGAUUUCUUGUUCCAUUGUUAUACCCUCCUAAUUAUAUCUGUGGAAGGCAAAGCUAUCUCUGACUCUUCACAUUUUAGUUAUCUUUCUUACUCUCUGACGGCUAAUUUGAUUUUCGCAGAAUCACUUCGAAUAAGGCAUCCGAAUUGUAACGUGAAGCUCUAUGCCGUUUUUUUUUUGCGUCGACAAAAAUCCUCUGAAUUUUUGCCUAAAGAUGAUGAGGAAUUGAAUCCCAAAUUUUCAUACCGCGUUGAUUGAAAAAGGCGGCAGAUUCACGAUAAAUACUUCCAGAGGGUGAACGAGUUUGAAAACGAUGGCGACGGCUAAUAGGUAAAUUUGAGAAAAAUAUUAAUAAUAUAGAAAUCAGCUGAACGUGCUGUGAAAAGGGCGAAUUUUCCUUUUCCGAAAGGUACUGUAUGUGAAAGUCCGUAUUUGGCGUGUGCACUUUGCUCCCUUUUUUGCGAAUUUCGCCCUAAAUCCUAUCAAAAUGGAUUAAACAUAUGGAUAAAGUUGAAUUACAUCAACUCAUUAUGAAACAAGAAAAUAGAAACUUUAAAAAAAAGAGAAAAAAACGCAGAGAUAGCGCUCAGAGUGUGCCUGAAUGCAAAGGGAACACGUGAAAUGCGGAAUUUCACGUACCGUACUUUUCGGAAAAUGAAUAAUCGCUCUUGUAGCACUUUGAUGUAUAGCUGCUUGAAUAAUCAAAUAAUGGGUUCUGGCGCGAUAAUAAAAGGAGACAGUGCCUGGUUGGUGGAGAGCGCAGGCAGGCCACGCCUCUUCGCAUCACAAGCUAGUGAAUCGAUUAUAUAUAUAGAGAUAGUUAAAGUAAACAGAGAUUUCUAAAAUCAAAAAAUUAUAAGGAACGUUUUUUAUUUUAUAUCCUUUGAGAGACGAAAGUUUGCAGUCCCUACACUUUGGCCGGGGCUUUGAUGCUCAGCGGGAAGCUGAUGACCGACUGGUGGGAAAUCUCGCUGAGUAUCUUCCUCUGGAUGAGUCUCUCCUUCACGGUUCGAAAGAAUCCCUCAAGUGAUAACUCAAAUCAUCUUUUUCCCAGGUAAUUUAUCUUGGAGCGACUUUCCUGUCCCUCUUCACCAUGCGAAAGCAUCCGUACGUCUGUUUCUUCGUCCUCCCGCUUUUAGGUAAAGUUUGAGGUAAUAUGAGCAAUAAACUGCAAUAUUAGGUAUGAUAAUUGUUGGUCCGAUGCUUCUGGGUGCACCGACGUCUAUGGUGAUGGCUUUCGCGAUGUCGGCCUCGAAAAAUGUUGGUAAAAUGAGCAAUAGGGACCUUAAAAGACAUCAAACGCCUUAUCUAGGAUUUAUGAAGAUUUGGGGGUUAACAUGAGCAAUAAAUCAUGUUGAUCACAAAUUAAAAGAUGCAUACGGCCUUCUUUUUCGAAGUUUCAAUUAAAUCCCAGUCUUAAGUGUUUGAUAUGAGCAAUAAUUCGUCAUUUUCAGUAACAUGGCUUUUUUUAAAGGUAACGAACGACAAUUUCAAAUUUCUAAAUGAAGUGUAAUCUUUAAAGCAAACAUGAGCAAUGUUCUACUAACUUGAGAAAAAAUUAGUAAUUUUUCAGGCGGUCAGCACGUGGUUCUGUAUGUUCGCCGGCGUUCUGCAGACCUUGCUGAUAUUUUUGGUGUCGAUAACCAGAUUACUCGCGACUUUAUGA